AUGUGUCUUCGACUGUUAGGACGGGCUCCUACUAAUCUUGGCGACGGUGUCAUUAGGAUUUCUUGGCUCAGGGAAACUUUCGAUCAACUACCGCCAUCGGCAUCACCAGAUACUACAGAGCAGUUUGCACGAGCUUAUGCUCUGUCUCUGUUGGGAGGUGUUUUGUUCCCCGAUCGCUCUGGAGGUUCAAUUCAUCUGCAGUACCUACUCUUGGUGGAGGAUUGGCGUAGAGCGGGGAGGUUUGCCUGGGGAGCAGCUGUUCUAUCCCACAUGUACCGUGAAAUGGGUAGGUCGACACUGCAUAUGACGCAAUCCUCUUCACUAGGUGGUGACCUUGGUGGAUAG